UCAACCUCAUCCCCAUUUAUGCAAAAUCUACCGUUGCUGUGAUCCUCCAUGCGCAAAAUGGGAUAAGGAGAAGCUCAAUUUCUUAUCCACUGUUCCAAUUUUUUUAUCCUCCCCACGAAUUACUGAAACCAGUGUGCCCCCAUCGCUGUUUCUGCACAAUCGCGUCGUCAGGUAUAUUUGAAACUGCCCGGCGCUCGAUUUCACUAUCGCGUCGACGGCGGAGGUCCUGAUUUCUGAGAUUGAUUUGAUGCAAAUGGGAAUUGAGCAAAAUCAGGGCGGUAGGAAGGGGAAAGGGAGCAGCGAAUCGAGGAAGAGCAAUCGGAGGCAGAAGAAACCGUCGCCGGUUCAGCGGUUAUACGACACUUGCAAGGAAGUGUUCGCCGACUGCGGCCCCGGCGUUGUGCCGUCGCCGGAAAAGGUCGAGAGGCUCGCGGCGGUUUUGGAUGGCAUCACCCCAGCAGAUGUUGGCCUGAGGCCAAAUCAACCGUAUUUCAGCAGCGAACGAGCUCCCAUCAUAUCGUAUCUUCCCCUUCACGCGGGUGACAAUUUCUCCAUAGGAAUCUUCUGCUUGCCCCCGGUGAGUGUCAUCCCUCUUCACAACCAUCCCGCAAUGACGGUCUUCAGCAAACUUCUCUUCGGGACGAUGCAUAUCAAGGCUUAUGAUUGGUCGAACGAGGCGGACGGCAAUGCCAUUGUAGUGCAACCCAAUGGAUCGCGCCUGGCGAAGCUGAAGAUCAAUUCAACCUUCACGGCGCCGUGCAGCACGAGCAUCUUGUAUCCGGCCGACGGCGGCAACAUGCAUUGCUUCACUGCCGGCACGGCCUGCGCUGUGCUGGAUGUGCUCGGGCCGCCGUACAGCGACGACGAUGGCCGUCACUGUCAAUACUACUAUGAGCUUCCAUUGGCUACAUCAAGAGGGGAAUUGGAGGAGGAGGAGAGAGAAAGGUAUGCUUGGCUGAAGGAGAGAGAAAAGCCAAGAGAUUUGUGUAUAUUGGGAGUGCCGUACGAUGGGCCAAAGAUCUUGAAGAAAUGAAGCAUUUAUUUCUCCUUGUAUCAUAAUCAUAGACAUUUUCUUUGUUUAGUUUUAAAUUUUCAUUGUCACUUCUCUUGGUAAUCUAUUUAUAUAUAUUAUUAUUUUGCUGA